AUGCCAGCCAGCCAGCCAGCGAUGGUACUUGGCGUGAGUGGCAUUAUUAUCCCCGAAAUUGGUUGCCAAUUAGAUUGUCCUCUCCCCUCCACAAGAUCGUGUCCGGGUACAAACUCAGACUCAUCGCGGGCAAGAAACAGCACCAUUCGCAACAAAUUCGGGGCUCAAAAUGACACCUUUAAACCUGAAGCUUUGUGCAUACUUGCAACACUUCGAUUUCAUACAUCAAUGGUGUGGCUAAUCCACUCUGGGAGACACACAGUUAGAA